UCUCGUCUCUCGCUGUCAAAGUGUCCAUUGUUUAUGAAAGAGUGAAAAAGCCACCAAAAGCAGCAGCACCUGUGUCCUCUCUCAAUUCUUUACUUCCCCCCAGAGCAAUCUCCUUUGCCCCACUUGACACACAAAGUAUCUCUCCCUCUUUAUAUUGCUCAAAAAGAUGAUCUCUCUCUUUCUUGGCACUCUUCGUCGCCAUAAGGAACGACGACAGAGUGGAAUACGCGCAUUUCAGACACUGUAUUGGGGAAUUGCUCUUCGUGGUGGACAUGGCGAGUACGAGCGGGACCAAGAGCGAGGCAGGGCCCCUGCAGAGGUCGCUGUCUAGGCCGAUGGCGCGAGCACAAACGUUGAUGGUGGAUGGUACUAACGAGGAUGAUUCUGCUGUUGAUAGCGAGCUGGUGCCGUCCGCCCUCGCCUCCAUCGCUCCCAUUCUCCGUGUUGCAAAUGAGAUCGAGGAAGAUAACCCUAGGGUCGCCUACCUAUGCCGAUUCCAUGCUUUUGAGAAGGCUCAUAAGAUGGAUCCAACAUCUAAUGGGCGUGGAGUUCGUCAAUUUAAGACUUAUCUUUUGCACAGGCUUGAGACGGAAGAAGAAGAAACACAUCCUCAGCUUGCUAGAAGUGAUCCCAAAGAAAUCCAGUUAUAUUACCAGAAGUUCUAUGAGAAAAACAUUAGACAAGGACAAGAUACCAAGAAACCUGAGGAGAUGGCUAAGAUCUAUCAGAUUGCAACGGUUUUAUAUGACGUUCUGAGGACAGUGGUACCUAAUGGGAAAGUUGAUGACGAGACAGAAAGAUAUGCUGGAGAGGUUGAGCGGAAAAGGGAACAGUUUGAACACUAUAACAUUCUUCCACUAAAUGCUGUUGGGGUCAAACCAGCAAUUAUGGAACUUCCUGAGAUCCAAGCUGCGCUUCAUGCUGUACGUAAUGUGGAGAAUCUUCCAACGCCCAGAAUUACUCCUACUCGAAGUGCUUCUGAUGACAUGGCUAAGCAUAGGGUUAAAUCCACCAUUGACAUUCUUGAUUGGCUUUCUUCUGUUUUUGGGUUUCAGAAAGGAAAUGUAGCAAAUCAGAGGGAGCACCUGAUAUUGCUGCUUGCCAAUAUGGAUAUAAGGGGAAAAAAUCUUGAAGAUUAUGCUGAGACUGAUAGGGGGAGAAACGUCCUGCUGCUACAUAACGACACUGUACCACGGUUGAUGGAGAACGUUUUUAAGAAUUAUCAGUCAUGGUGUAAAUAUUUGCGUUGCAAAUCACAUCUUAGGUUUCCUGGAGGUUCCGACAAGCAACAAUUACAGCUCAUCUACAUUGGACUCUACCUUCUUAUAUGGGGUGAAGCAUCAAAUAUUCGAUUCAUGCCAGAAUGCAUUUGCUAUAUCUUCCAUAAUAUGGCAAAUGAGAUCUAUGGAGUACUAUAUAGCAAUGCACUUCCUGUUACCGGAGAGACACAGCAUACAGAAGCACCUGAUGAAGAAACUUUUUUGAGAACAGUUAUAACCCCCAUCUACCAGGUUUUGCGCAAGGAAGCUAGGAAAAACAAAGAAGGCAAGGAAAGUCAUUCAAAGUGGAGAAAUUAUGAUGAUCUGAAUGAGUACUUCUGGACUGACAAAUGUUUUAAGCUGAAGUGGCCAUGGGAUCCUAAAGCUGAUUUUUUUGUGCAUUGGGAUGCGCCUCCUGCAAAUGAGAGAAACAAUCAUGGAACUGGUGGAAAGACGAAGCCGAAAACUAAUUUUGUUGAAGUCCGAACUUUUUGGCACCUUUACAGAAGUUUUGACAGAAUGUGGAUAUUCUUUAUAUUGGCCCUGCAGUAUCCACGAAUCUUCCGUUUUCAGGCAAUGGUUAUAAUUGCAUGGAGUUCUUCUGGAUCACUUGCUGCUUUAUUUGAUGAUGAUGUCUUUAGAAGUGUUUUAAGCAUUUUUGUCACAUCUGCUUUUCUCAAUUUUCUUCAAGCUGCUCUGGAUAUUAUACUUAGUCUUAAUGCUUGGAGGAGCGUAAAACCCACACAGAUCCUACGUUAUCUUCUGAAAUUUGCAGUAGCAGCUAUGUGGGCUGUGGUUCUGCCAAUUGGUUAUUCCAGUUCUGUGCAGAAUCCAACAGGACUUGUAAAAUUCUUUAGCAGUUGGGCUGGGGAUUGGAGGAGUCAGUCGUUCUAUAACUUUGCGGUUGCAAUUUAUCUGAUACCCAAUGUACUGGCAGUAUUGCUAUUUUUCCUUCCACCUCUAAGGAGAACCAUGGAGCGUUCUAACUGGCGGAUUAUCACCCUUAUUAUGUGGUGGGCUCAGCCAAAACUGUAUGUUGGAAGAGGCAUGCAUGAGGAUAUGAUCUCACUUCUCAGGUAUACACUGUUUUGGAUCAUGCUGCUUAUUAGCAAGCUAGCAUUCAGCUACUAUGUGGAGAUACUGCCUCUAGUUGAACCAACAAAGUUGAUAAUGGAGAUGCACAUUGAUAAUUACCAAUGGCAUGAGUUCUUUCCAAAUGUUACCCAUAAUAUUGGAGUUGUGAUAGCAAUAUGGGCACCAAUCAUUCUGGUUUAUUUCAUGGAUGCACAGAUAUGGUAUGCCAUUUUCUCCACUCUUUUUGGUGGAAUUCAUGGAGCUUUCAGUCAUUUGGGUGAGAUACGAACUCUUGGGAUGUUGCGGUCCAGAUUUGAUGCUGUACCUUCAGCUUUCAGUCGUCAUCUUAUGCCAACAUCAGGAAAGGAUGACAAAAGAAAACCUUUGGACGAGUCAGCAGAAAGGAAGAACAUCGCAAAUUUUUCUCAGGUUUGGAAUGGAUUCAUACAUUCUAUGCGUCUGGAGGAUUUGAUCAGCAAUAGGGAAAGGGAUUUGCUACUUGUUCCAUAUUCUUCUACUAAUAUGUCAGUCGUCCAAUGGCCUCCUUUCUUGCUUGCGAGUAAGAUUCCUAUAGCAUUGGACAUGGCAAAAGAUUUUAAGGGGAAGGAGGAUGCUGAGUUAUUUCGGAAGAUUAAAAAUGAUGAUUACAUGUUCUCGGCAGUGAUUGAAUGCUACGAGACACUCCGAUAUAUAAUAUUUGGCCUCCUGGAGGAUGAAGCAGAUACACUGAUCAUAAAGCAGAUCUGCGAUGACGUAGACUUUAGCAUACAAGAGCGUUGCUUUCUGAAUAAUUUCCGUAUGAGUGGGCUGCCUUUACUAAGUGAUAAGUUGGAGAAGUUCUUAGGUUUCUUGCUACAAUAUUAUGAAGAUGCAUCCAAGUCUCAUGUAAAUGUUGAGGCAUACAAGCCUCAAGUAAUCAAUGUCCUUCAAGAUAUUGUGGAAAUUAUUACCCAAGAUGUUAUGGUUAACGGCCAUGAAAUCCUGCUAAGAGCUCAUUCUCACAGUCAUGGUGCUGAAGAACGCAAGAAAGAGAUGAGGUUUGAAAAGAUAAAUUUAAGCCUUAUGCAAAACAAAUCUUCGAGCGAGAAGGUUGUUAGGCUUAAUUUGCUAGUGACAGUCAAGGAAUCUGCCAUAAAUGUGCCAACAAAUUUGGAGGCCCGCCGACGUAUAACCUUCUUUGCAAACUCCUUGUUUAUGAUUAUGCCAAAUGCUCCAAAAGUUCGCGACAUGCUCUCCUUCAGUGUUUUGACUCCAUAUUACAAAGAGGAUGUACUCUACUCUGAGGACGAACUCAAUAAGGAAAAUGAGGAUGGAAUAACAACUUUGUUCUACCUGCAAAAAAUUUAUCCUGAUGAAUGGCAAAAUUUCCAGGAUCGCAUAAAUGAUCCUAAAGAUAAAGAUUAUGCGCAAGAUAAGAAGGAGUUAAAGAUGGAAUUAAUUCGUCAGUGGGUAUCCUUCAGGGGGCAGACACUAUCAAGAACAGUGAGGGGGAUGAUGUAUUAUAGGCAGGCUCUAGAACUUCAAUACUUCCUGGAAUCCGCAGGAGACAGUGCUAUCUUUGGGGGCUACCAGACAAUUCAAUCAAGACUGGAUUAUAAGGCCUUUUUUGAUAGUGCACAAGCUCUGGUUGAUUUGAAAUUCACCUACGUUGUUUCUUGUCAGGUUUAUGGUACUCAAAAAAAGUCCAGAGAUGCUCGAGACCGUAGUUGUUACAGUAAUAUUCUAAAUCUCAUGUUGAAGUAUCCAUCUCUACGUGUUGCUUACAUUGAUGAACGAGAUGAAACUGUGGAUGGAAAAUCUCACAAGGUUUAUUACUCUGUUCUUCUGAAGGGAGGAGAUAAGUUGGAUGAGGAAAUUUAUAGAAUCAAGCUUCCGGGCCCACCAACAGAUAUUGGAGAAGGGAAACCUGAAAAUCAGAAUCAUGCCAUCAUUUUUACUCGUGGAGAGGCUCUCCAAACCAUCGACAUGAAUCAGGAUAACUAUUUUGAAGAAGCUUUCAAAAUGAGAAAUGUAUUGCAAGAAUUUGUGAAACAUCGCCGUGCAGCGCGAAAACCUACAAUUUUGGGUCUUAGGGAACAUAUAUUUACUGGAAGUGUUUCUUCACUUGCUUGGUUCAUGUCCAAUCAGGAGACAAGUUUUGUAACCAUUGGCCAACGAAUUUUGGCAAGCCCUUUGAGGGUGCGGUUCCAUUAUGGUCAUCCUGAUAUAUUUGACAGAAUCUUCCACAUAACAAGGGGUGGAAUAAGUAAAGCUUCAAAAACAAUAAACUUGAGCGAAGAUAUAUUUGCAGGGUAUAAUUCAACUCUGCGGAGCGGAUAUAUAACACAUCAUGAAUAUAUCCAAGUGGGCAAGGGACGUGAUGUGGGGAUGAAUCAGAUAUCAUCUUUUGAGGCAAAGGUGGCAAAUGGUAAUGGAGAGCAGACGCUUAGCCGUGAUGUCUAUCGACUUGGACGACGAUUCGACUUCUAUAGAAUGUUGUCAUUCUACUUCACAACAGUUGGUUUCUAUUUUAGUAGCAUGAUUACUGUUCUCACAGUAUAUAUCUUCUUAUAUGGGCGUUUGUACAUGGUCAUGAGUGGAUUGGAAAAAGAGAUUCUUCAAAAUCCAGAUAUCCAUCAGAGCAAUGCGCUUGAACAGGCUUUGGCUACCCAAUCUGUUUUCCAGCUAGGCUUGUUGCUGGUACUGCCCAUGGUUAUGGAAAUUGGCCUGGAAAAAGGGUUUCGUACUGCUCUGGGCGAUUUGAUCAUUAUGCAGCUCCAGCUGGCCUCUGUAUUUUUUACAUUCCAGCUUGGAACGAAAGCACAUUAUUUUGGGAAAACCAUCUUGCAUGGAGGUUCCAAAUAUCGAGCUACUGGCCGGGGGUUUGUUGUUUUCCAUGCAAAGUUUGCUGAAAAUUACAGGUUGUACUCACGAAGUCACUUUGUGAAGGGAUUGGAGCUGUUCAUGUUAUUGGUAUUGUAUGGAGUUUAUGGAGGAUCAUAUCGCAAUUCAAAUCUUUAUUUUUUCAUCACAUUCUCCAUGUGGUUCCUGGUUGGGUCCUGGUUGUUUGCGCCUUUUGUAUUCAAUCCAUCUGGUUUUGACUGGCAAAAAACAGUGGAUGAUUGGACAGAUUGGAAGAGGUGGAUGGGGAAUCGUGGUGGAAUUGGGAUCCCACCUGACAGAAGUUGGGAGUCUUGGUGGGAUGGGGAACAAGAACACCUCAAAUACACAAAUAUAAGGGGAAGAGUUCUUGAGAUAAUUCUUGCAUUUCGAUUCUUUAUCUACCAGUACGGCAUUGUCUACCACCUUGAUAUAGCUCAUCACAGCAAGAAUAUACUGGUAUAUGGACUUUCUUGGAUGGUUAUGGUAACUGCUCUUCUAGUGUUGAAGAUGGUAUCAAUGGGGAGACGAAGAUUUGGGACAGACUUUCAGCUUAUGUUCAGGAUUCUGAAGGCACUUCUGUUCCUUGGCUUCAUGUCAGUCAUGACUGUCUUGUUUGUAGUAUGUGGCCUCACUAUAUCAGAUUUAUUUGCAGCCAUCCUUGCUUUCUUGCCCACGGGCUGGGCCAUCCUCCUUAUUGCACAAGCCUGCAGAUCUCUAUUUAAGGGAAUACAUGUCUGGGAUUCAGUGAAGGAGCUAGGGAGAGCAUACGAGUACAUAAUGGGACUAUUUCUGUUUGCACCUAUUGCGGUUUUGUCAUGGUUCCCGUUUGUGUCGGAGUUCCAAACUCGUCUGCUCUUCAAUCAAGCAUUUAGUAGAGGCCUCCAGAUUUCAAUGAUUCUUGCAGGAAGGAAAGAGAAGACGCAAUCCAGUUGAAGGUCUUAGGCUUUCACAUACAUUCAUUUCCAAAUUUAAGACUCUAGUGAUUCAUCUAGUGUUUUUUUUGGUAAUAUGAGUCUGAAGCUAGUGACUGUCAUGGCUAUUAUAUUAUUUUGGUGAUCCUAGAUGCUCUGUUUUAAUUUUGUCCCCUUCUCUUUCAAGUUGUUUGGGAUAUUAUUUUUAUGGUCUUCUAGGCAGAAUAAAUUUUCAGUAUGGAAGUUUAAUAGACACUUGGCUC